CAGCACAAUCAUUCCCGUAGGAGAUCCCACUUGUCUCAUUAGUACUCAGACGUAUAUUAAGAAUUAGUUGUCCCUCCCAGUCCUGAAUCAUCACAAAAAUCAACAAAAAAAAGUGCAGAACACCCGGAGAACCUCUCCAGAAGUGACAAGUGCUGGAAAUUUAUCGGAAUUAAAAAUGGGAAAAACUAAAACUGGAAAAGCCGCGGCGAUAUGCACAGUUUUGGCGUUUGUUUUCGUGAUGAUUGCGUUCACCACACCCAAUUGGCUGGAGACCGAUGGAAAACUGGAACAUCCGAAAUUUUUAAGAAUAGGUCUCUGGCAGGUCUGCUUCCAGGACUUCCAGGACACGCGUCACAUGUAUGACACGAAGUUCACGGGCUGUUGGUGGGUCUUCGAGGAGGAGUACUACAUAAUCAGGGACAUUCUCCUCCCUGAGUUCUUCGUCGCGACGCAAUUCUUCUUCACUCUGUGUCUCACUCUUCUUCUGAUCGGUGGAUUCCUGACGGCGUUGUACACCUGUUGCUCGCGCACCCAUCCACGGUAUCAGGAGCUCCUCUGGGCGAUCGGUGGCAACUUGACGAUCUCCGGGGUUACAGGGUUCAUAGCCUGCAUCAUCUUCGCGGCGAGGGGAGAUGGGAGAGAUUGGAUGCCCAAUUGGGAGCACAAUGACAUCUCCUGGUCGUACGCACUGGCUGUCGUAGGUAGUCUUUUUCUACUUGCUGGUGGGAUUUUGUUCUUGGUCGAGGGGAGGAGACACAAGAAGAGGCUCGAGAGGAUGCUCGAUGAGGAGCCUAAGACACAUACCACUAUCUAAUGGUCUCAGGUGGUUUUUGGGAGAAGUGGUGGGAUAAGAUGAAGUCGUGAAAUGCCAGCAGAAGGUGUAUUCAGCAGGAUUUAGGGUACUUGAGGGCUCGGUGACGAGCCAGGUGAGGGUAACGUAACCCUAACGUAAAAUUUAAAAAUUCUGCUAUUGGCAGAAUAUUCAGUUUAUAAAGUAUACGAAUAUUUUGACACCCUGUUAUUCCAAAGAUAGUCAUCAGGAACAAAAACUCAAGUCAAAUUCGCUCGUCUCGUUCCACCACUUCCAUAUUUACGUACAAAUUUAUAUGAAAGAAAAUUCUAAUGAAAAUUGGGUAAGAUUCAGAAGAAUUCUCUUCCUAAGAAUCAAAAGAUCUGACAAAGAUGAAAACUAUUUUUCUGCCUUCAGAAUUAUACAUUCCAAAUGUGCAAUCAAUCUAUUUCCGUCCGAACAUUCAAUCAGAUAAUGCGUUCAGAAUUAAUUUGACAAUUAAUAUGGUGAAAAUCAUUUUAUUAAGCAACAAUGGAACAAUGGAAGGUAUUGAAUCCAGUGACCUACACAAUUUUACAAAACGCACACGAUUUUUUUUACAAUAAUUUUUAAAGGUGGUUUUUAUCGACAAUUCUGUAAUAAACUACAGAGUCACCGUGAGAUAUCUUCCGGAUUUUUAUUGAAAUUCGUGGAAGAAUCUGAGGAAUAAAUUCCGUCCAUUACUCCAAUCACCUUGAGAAUCUCACGAAUAUUGUUAAUAUUUGUAAAUAGCUCUCAACAUCGUAUUAUUCAAUGAGAUUUUACAGACACGAGGUGUGCAUGCAACUCAAUUCGUGUCGAAAUUCCUAGUUUCAAUUAACGAUUCUUCAUGUUAAUUUUGUAAUGGAAUAUUUAUAUAGAAACGAAUAAAUCUUUCUAAUAAAACCAAA